AUGAAAUUUGACGAUUUGCUGUCUACAAAUCUGGGUGAGUUUGGUCGUUAUCAAAAGAUACAGUUUUCACUAGUGUGCUUACCCAUUAUAUUUGUCUCUAUGCAUGCUUUGUCCUGGACAUUCAGUGCUGCUUCCGUACCACACAGAUGUCGACUGCAAAAUGAAAGUAAUACCGCGCAAUACUGGACAAGAAGCGAUCUAUUGAUAUCAGACUCGUCAAACUGUGAUACAAAUGGAAAACAGUGCAGAUAUAAAGAAUGUGGACUAAUAAAUGAAUCUAGCUGCCAUUAUGGAUAUAUCUUUGAUUUAUCCCAAAUUAAGUACUCAGCCAUCAACAGAUGGGAAAUUGUUUGCGAAUGGUCAGUCCUAAAGGCUUUCAUCCAAUCAACUUAUUACAUUGGCCAAAUGGGUGGCUCAUUACUUUUUGGCUUCCUAGGUGAUAGAAUUGGCCGUAAAAAGAUAUUCUUUAUCGCAAUAGUUAUACAAAUAAUUGCUGGUGCUUUAAUGGCGCUAGUACCACAUUGGGCAGCAUUUGCAGGAUUACGCGCUGUUGUAGGAUUUGCACAUCCAGGAAUUUUCGUCAUUGCUGUAGUCAUUGGUAUGGAAUUAGUUGGUCCAUCAAAAAGAAAGAUAGCCUCUGUAAUAUCAGGAAUAUUCUUUUCGUUUGGUCAAAUAUUGCUUGGAUGCCUUGCGUAUUUUAUUCGUGAUUACCGAUAUCUCCAACUUGCUAUCUCACUGCCCGCACUCGUAUUUAUGUGUUAUUGGUGGAUUAUUCCUGAAAGUGCACGAUGGCUUAUAUCUCAACAUCAAUAUGAAAAAGCUGAUAAAAUCUUGCAACGCGCAGCGAAAAUUAAUGGUACAAAAUUACCUGAGAAAUGGUGGGAACAAAUCGAUCUCCCAGAAGAAAAUAUUGAAAAUCGUUUUUCUCAAAGAAAAUACAAUUUUCUAGAUCUUGUCCGCACACCGCGCAUACGAUUACGUUCAUUUUCAUGCUUCUUCUUAUGGCCCGUUGUGUCGAUGAUAUACUACGGUGUUUCAAUGAAAACUGAUUUUCUUGGUGGUGAUUUCUACGGAACAUUCAUUAUUGGUGGUCUUGCUGAAAUACCAGCUCUGAUACUGCUAUUUGCAUAUAUAGAUAGAAUUGGUCGUAAACCAUUCUUUGCUGGUGGAUAUUUCGUUGCUGCCCUGUGCAUGCUUUCUAAUCUUUUGCUCCCAACACAAGUGCAUUGGAUAAUUAGUGUAUCCCAGUUUUUAAUGGCAAAAGCUGCUAUAACCAUUUGUUACGCUGUAAUUUACACAGUUACCCCUGAGUUAUAUCCUACAGUGAUUCGCAACUCAGCCAUGGGUUGUUGUUCGAUGAUAGCUCGUGUUGGUGCUAAUUUAUCGUGUUAUAUCGUCAUGUGGAUCGUUGAACGAAUCGGAACAUGGGCAAUGAUUAUUCCUUUUGGUAGUCUUUCGCUUAUAGCUGCCGUCAUUGUAAUGCUUUUUAUACCAGAAACAAUGGGUCAACCAUUACCUGAAACAAUUGAAGAAGUCGAAAACGACAUCCCGAAAGGUAAUGAAGAAAUGGCAACACUCUCUUCGGGGAAAAAAAAUGGCCUCGAGUAG